AGCUGAGCUAGGACGUGAAGACUGGUUCGACCGACUCUUGUUGCAUUUGCAGAGCGAGCCCGAUGUGUUGCUUCUGAAUUUGCUGUGCGCCGGUGCGCCUGCAGAGCUUGUGCGUCACACGGUCAAGUCGUCAAUAUCACUGCGGUUGCUGCAUCACUUGUGAGCGACUGUGAACGAACUUGAGAAGUCGUCGACGUGUGAAGAGAGGCAUCACGAUGGGGAAAAUCUUGCAAACAGGGGCCUGCAUUAACCUCAUGAAGCUUUUGCUCAUGACAUUCAAUAUAAUAUUUGGCGUGACAGGCCUGGUGCUGCUCAUUCUCGGAGUAUGGAUGAACGUGUCACUGUACCAUGUGCUGAAACUCUCGACCGACUACAACCGGCACAUGCCAUUGCUCUUCAUUGCCACUGGCCUGCUUGUGCUCCUGGUUGCUGUACUCGCCUGUGUGGCCACAGCCAAGGGCCAGUCGGUUCUCUUGUACAUUUUUGGCUCUCUGCUGGUGCUGGUCUUUGUGGCAGAGCUCACAGCCGGCAUAGUAGGAUAUGUGUACAUCCGGCAGGUGCGUGAAGGCAUUGGCCGUGGCAUGAACGUAUCCAUAACCCACUACAAUGGCAACGGUGGCAUGGCCGACGAGACGGUGGAUUUUGUGCAGGGCAAGUUGACAUGCUGUGGCCUGAAGGGUCCGGAAGACUGGAAUGACACUGAGUUUUUCCAGAAGACCAAACAUUACCCCAAGAGCUGCUGCUCUAGCCAUGACACCUGCACUCUAGAGGAUGCUACCCUGCACCAAGAGGGGGAUUUACUGCUAUGUGAAGGUCAUUCGUUUCCUGACACAAAUCUGAGUGCCAUUGCUGGAGGCGCUGUCGGCUUUGCAUUCUUUCAGCUUGUCGGUGUGUUGCUGUCCUUCUGCCUGGCCUCAAAUAUCAACAAGGCCAAAUACGAGCGCGUCUAAGUGCCACAUCAGGUAUGAAGCCAUUUGAUGGUCACUUAU